AGCCAGACAGAACGACCAUAAAAAUUGGUUACGCUUCUCGAUUUGUGCGUGUCAUCCUUGCGCAGGGGCCAUGCUAAUCUUCUCUGUAUCGUUCCAAUUUUAACAGAUGGGCAGCCGAAGCAAACCCAUUGUUUGAAGCGCAAAAUGCGAGCUUUGGCGCGGUGGGCGUCCUGUGGGCGUCUCAAUGUACCGUGAUGUGUUGGACAAUUGGUGCUGGAUACGAAAGACUCGCUCCUGACUACAUGACGCGUGUCGACAAUCGGGAUCACCCACUUGACGGUGCACACAUGCCUUCAUGUCAGGGUGUUCAUUCGUCAUUCAGUAGUCCUCAGUUUGCGCGCAACAAAUGCAGCUGUUUGGCUGGUCGGUUGGUCAGUGCGGUGUGCUGGCGGCUUCGGCUGCCGCGACGAGUGGACUUGCGGCGAGUGGAGCGGAGCCACUCGCGUGCAGUGCGGACAUCUGCCUCUUGACGAGAUCAGCGAGCGAAAGAAAAGUCACACCUAUACAUAGCACACACAGAUGCACCACACACACCGACGUCUCUGUCUCCGUCUGUGGACAGAUGUGUGUGGACUUGCCUUGCUUUUUGUAUGCCUUCUGUGCCUGACGCUCCCUCAGGACGCUCUCGUUGGUCGAAUCGAUGAACCUCUCCUGACACACGCCACACCACCACACAACAUGAGUGCGUGUCUCCCUCCUUCUCUCUCUGUGUCUUGCCUUGUAUGGUUUGAUUUUGCGCAGGCUCGAGUCGAUUCGGUGUCUGAACAUCUCGAUGGCGUACGGGUCCACACUCACAAAGCCGGCGGGCGGCUUGUUCGUCUGGGGACCUUCGUUCUCCUUCACACCCAACUGCACACCAUCACCAACACACGUGUCUCUCUCGUGUGCAUUCUCGUGCGCACUGACCAUGGUCUGUAUUUUGGCAAGUCGAUCAACGGCGCGGUCUGUCGCUGCAAGAACACGCUUGAAGGCCUCAUCGCCGCGCUGGAUGUCCUCCGAGUCGCUCGACCUCAGAGGCACCGACGCAACGACGCGAGAGGCCUCGUCCAUCUGACACACACAUAUUCGAAAUGGAGGUCUGAUACAUCGAUGUAUGUGUGCGUCAUGGUGUGCGUGCCUUGUUGGCGUCCUCUCCGAGCAUGUCGAUUUGUUGACCGAGAGCAGCUGAGACGCUUUGCUGCACAUUGGCGCGGCGCCUGAGUGCAUCCAGCACGGGAGUAGACAAGUCCUUCAGCUUCACCUGCACACACAAAAAUCCACACAUUCACACACGCCAGUGGGCCUGGCUUCGCGGACUUGUGUGUCCUGGAGCUGUGUGGCGUCCGACGUGUACGUCUUGGCCAACUUUAACGCCUCGCCGACGCUUGCGAGGCUCUCGUUAGCCGCCGUGGCCUGAUCCAUCCAUUCAUCGAUCCAUCCAUCCAUAUGCCAGCACAAAGAGAUGAAUAUGGUAUUCUCACUUUGUUCAUGAGAUCGCCCCUCCGCGCCUGACGCACACAAUGAGUGGAACGUAUGCACAGCCGCGCGUGUGUGUGAUUUAGACGUGUGGGUGUGCUUACGGUGAGGUAGAGGAGGUAUUGCUUGUAGAAGUCCUUGCACAUGGCGGCUGAAGUGUGGAGAGAGGGCGAUCGCAUGUCCUCCUCGACCACAAAUGGCACCAUCACCUGACUGCACUGCAAACACACACACACGACAGGAUAAGACACAAAUCACCGUGGCUGUGUGCCUCCGUCAACGCUCACGAUCUGUGUGUAUUGCGGGUCGGUGACUGCACACACAGAGACACAAAGAGGGGGAUGUCGAUGUGUGUCUCUCUCCCUUUGUCUGUCUAUGUUAGACACUCACUGAUGGCGGGGUACUUCUUGCAAUAUGGAUUGAAUCCUCUGAAGCAGUAGCGCCUGUCGUAUCCCAGCACCCCAACGCCGAUCUGAACGCACGUGUUGUAGGCCAUGGAGAUCUUUUCGCAGUCGUCGCGCUGCUGGGGCGAGAAGCUCAGCGUCUUGCUCUCAGCACGAUCAGAGUCCACCUGACAUUCGCCAACAAUAUCAGCCAUGGACGAUAGACUCUCUCUGUGUGCGUGUUGGCUUGCUUGGAUGGUUUGUUUGAGGUAGGACAUGGAGCAGAAUAGUGAAGGGUUGCGGAUCAGACCUGAACCCACCUCAUAACUCUCACACCUGCACACACACGAACACACACAUCAUGAGAGACACAGGCUAUGUCUUUCUCUCUCUCCUCCGUGACUGACCGAGCGGCCGAUCGGCUGAGGGCGUUGUCCUUGUCGCACGUCUGGAUGAGAUCACUAGUCAGGUCGCGCGUCUCACGGCACGACACAUCUGCCUCGUAGCUCUCAAACUUGACCUGCAGACAACACGGCGAGUGGAGAGAGACACACUCUGUGUGGCUGCAUGCCGCCCAUACCUUGCAGAGGGCGUUGCUGAUUCGGUCAUAGCAGCCCUUGCUGGCAAAGGGACUCCCGGUCAGGGCAUCAGAGCCGACGCCCCGAAGCGCACGCUCGCACGACGGAUGAAACGAAGUGGCCUGAACAAACAAACCCACAAAUAAUCAAUCAACGACGCAAUGAUUCCAAUCGACUUGUCUGUUGGAAUUGUCUCUGACUUUGCUGCCCCAGUCCUCCAGGUCAGACACGACGUUCAU